CCAAACUAACAGUAGCACUACCAAUUGUGCGGUGAAAGUUGUCAGUCUCUGAAAAGAAACACAUACAGAGAUCUAGGCAGACUCAAGAUGUUCCUUAAUAGUUAUUGACCAGCUAUAGUCAGUUUGGUUCUUCUCUUGCAUUUUAUCUGAUAAGAGGACAUUCACUAAUCUUUUUUUCUAUUUAGAUGCCAGUUUUAUAAUUAGGGCAUCAAUACAACCUUUUGAGUGAAUAUUCUAAUUGAAGUGUAGCGCUUUCCACAAAACAACUCUUUGAUUUUGCUUCCUUCCUUUUUUUCUUCCAGAUGAUCAUAAUAGUAGCUCACAUUUAUGAUGAUUUAUCAUUUACAAAGAGUUUUUCUUAUAACAGCUAUGUGACAAUUUCAGGUCAGGAGCCACUGGUAUAUACAAAGAACACUUUAUUUUAGGUGACUCUAUUUGGGAGCAGAGAUGAAGGGGUCAAGUUGGGUGUUUGUUUUAAGGUCAUCUGAAAAACAUCACUAUUGGUCACUUGUUCCCUUUGAGGUCACAGAAGCCCGAUGUGACAGUGAGGCAGAAACUUAUUGCUUCAAAAGGGUGGAGGAUGGGGAGAGCCAGUAUUACAUUGGAUUGAAUUUGAUGGUGUUGGCAGUGGUAGUAGUACUAAGGGAACCAUUUGGUUAAAAAAGAGACAGACCUAUGGGUUAGGAAGAUAAUCUGUUUGACCCUUGGCACCUGGAAAACUAUGAGAAUUCAAAUAAGAGGAAGUCUUCGAUCUUGCAGUUCAUCAGACUGCGUUAGCAAAGUGAUGCCACCAAGGAAAAAGAGAAGACCUGCUGCUGGAGAUGAUUUAUCUGCAAAGAAAAGUAGACAUGAUAGCAUGUAUAGAAAAUAUGAUUCAACUAGAAUAAAGACUGAGGAAGAAACAUUUUCAAGUAAGAGGUGCUUAGAGUGGUUCUAUGAAUAUGCAGGGACUGAUGAUGUUGUAGGUCCUGAAGGCAUGGAGAAAUUUUGUGAAGACAUUGGAGUAGAACCAGAAAAUGUGGUCAUGCUUGUACUAGCUUGGAAAUUGGAUGCACAGAACAUGGGUUAUUUUACAUUACAGGAAUGGUUAAAAGGGAUGACCUCUCUGCAAUGUGAUUCAACAGAAAAAUUAAGAAGUUCUUUGGAUUACUUGAGAUCAUUAUUAAAUGAGCCUGCAAAUUUCAAACUUAUUUACAGAUAUGCAUUUGACUUUGCCCGGGAAAAGGACCAGAGAAGCCUAGACAUCAAUACUGCCAAAUGCAUGUUGGGACUGUUGUUAGGAAAAACCUGGCCCCUUUUUCCAGUAUUCCACCAAUUCCUAGAGCAAUCAAAAUAUAAAGUUAUAAACAAAGACCAGUGGUGCAACGUGCUAGAAUUUAGCAGGACAAUUAACCUUGACCUUAGCAACUACGAUGAAGAUGGAGCAUGGCCAGUGUUGUUGGAUGAAUUUGUGGAGUGGUAUAAAGAGAAACAGAUGACAUAGGAAUUUAACUAUGCACAGCAGCUCAAGAGUCCCUGUUAGCACAGUUCUGUCAACCAUUAGCCAUAAAUUGCUGUUUGUAUCAAAGCGCAUGCUGCUUUUCUCACCCAGUGCCCCUCCUGCUGGGAAGUUGUGGUGUUUGCUCUUAACAAGCCGACAACGCUUGCUGUGUAGCAUUGUCCUCUUUGAAGGCUGCUUUGCAUUUUGUAUUUACACUACAGAUUGGUGAAUUUGCCAACGUCUUCACUGUGAUGAUGUGUAUAUUGCUGUUUAAAUUUUGUAUAUGUGUAUAAAAAAGCUUCACCUAGAGAUUAUUUCUGCAGAAAUGUAUUGUAAAAAUAAUUUUGUGGCACAUUUUGGUCACUUUUUUCAAAUGAAUCUUUUAUUUCUUUAUUUGGUCCCAAAUGUAGCAUUUCAGAAAACAAGACUCAGCUCUUUGGACAUUGUUGCCGUCAGCAGCCAUUGCCAGUGUAACAUUUCUGUUGAAGAGGUCAAUUGUUUUGAUAGGGGAACGAGCGUCAUUUCUUCCUUCAGCAGCACGUGCCAAGUGGCACUUCAUUUGAGUAAACUAUUGGCCUUUAAAAAUGGUUAAAAGUGUAAUUAUUCGGAUACAUGGCUGGAAUAUGCCACAGAUAAUAUCUACUUGGCACAUAAGAGUAUUGGGUUGUUCUGUUUUUAAACAUAAACAUGUUCAGAAUUCUUUUAUGUUUAAAAAAAUGAAACCCUGUAGUAUUUUCGAGAGUGACACAAAUCAGCAAAGUAAAAAUAUGCAAAUACACACAAAAAAACACGAGAUUUGGGCUCCUUUAAAUUGCCUUUGGCAUAAUAGUCCCUUCCUCCUCCAUGACACUCUUGUUUUCCUUUGGCUUAUGAAGAAAGUUCAGGCUUCUGUUGUUUCCUAAACUAAUAAAAUGAAAAUUGAGGUUCUCCCUCCAUCCGGAAUGAAUGGUUUUGUUGGUGAUCACGAUUUAUCCACUCCAGCCAACUGUGGGUCAUGGUUUGCAUUUUUAGUUAGGCUUUCAUAGUAUCCAAUUUUCAUUUUGUUAUGUAAUUAAAGGAUGAUAUCAAAUAGUGAGGAUUUGUUUUUCCUUUUCUUUCCUGCUGGGUUUUUCCUGGCAAAACAUUCAUUGCAGGCAAUGGAUGUUAAACCACCAGCAUUGGGUUAAAUACACACUUAUCUUUUAAGUAGGGACCACUCUUUUUGGUGACCGAGUAAUUUGUACAGCAAAGUUUUAGCUAUUAUUUGCCCAAAUGAGGAAAAUUAGAGUGAAUGGAAUGGUACCUUUAUAUAUUUGCAUUUUAUGUCUUGUUUUCUUUGCCUUAUUACCCCUUCUUAAGACAAAUGUAGAUGCCAAUACUUAUUUCUUUAGUAUAUCUGGUGCUAAAUAAUGCAAUGUCCCCUAUGGUUUUAUGAAAACAGAAAAUUUUAUGGUUUGACAAAAAUCAAUCUAUUGGUGCAUUUGAACAAAUGAAAUGGAUACAGCUAUUAAUGUGCUAUGAGCAGAAUCCAAGACCAGGCAGGUAAUUAGAAGCAGUUUAAAGUUGGAUGAAAUCUGCUAGCAGCAUUUCUGCACACACGACCUUCUUCCCUCCCUCCCCCCCAACCUUUAGAUUAAAUGUGAAUUUUUCGAGCUGUAUGAAAUGAGGAAAAAAGCACACAGGCAUAUUUCUCUACACUACUGUGUCACGGUUUCUCUGCUAACAAUGUCCAGGGUUUUAUAUUUUAUUUGAACUUUCUCUUCCCUGUUGUAAUUCAGCCACCAAAGACAAAUUAUAUAUGUAUAUACAGUGUGUGUGUGUGUGCAUAUACAAAAUCACGUUAUGGUGAAAAUGCAACUACUACCUUUUCCCACCAAAUAGAAAUGUUUGGUUUGCUGUGAAAUAAACACACAUAGAAGUUUCAAAAGCUAUAUAAUGACUAAGCAUACCUGACUAUUCCUUGUUUGUAUUCUCACAUCUGGUCAUUUCUUAGUGCCAAUUUGCACAAGAUAAUUAAUAACUGUGAGUGGAUUAUAAAAUGUUUAUGGCAAGCAACCAAUAUUAAAUCCAAUGUUUUGAAAGGAUUUUUGUGUAAAUGUACAUAUUUCAGUGGUAUCGCCAGAGGGAAAAUAGAGAGAAACAUAGAGUACUGUUUUGAUUUUUUUAAAAAUUCCAUUAAAACCACUUAAACCACAUUUUAGAAGUAACGUCUCAUAAAUUUGAUCAAUUGUGAUUCUUUUAAAAAAAGUAACACACAAAAGUCUUGGGUUUAUUUUAUUAUUUUUAAAUGCCAGAUUAAGAAUCUGGAGAAUUAAAAAAAUACUAAAUGGCACAAUUCUCAGAAUAUAAAAAAUGUUGUGAAGGGGAAAUUGCCUUAGGAAAAUAAUUAGGCUUUUUUAGCAGUAGAGAGUAGAACUUGAGAAAUUUGUUAAUUAUGUAUGGUGUUAAAAACAUGAAACUCAAGGGGCAACCAAAAUCUACAAGCUUUUGAAAAUCCUGAAUGGUUUUAAUUUUGCAAAUUUUAAUUUUUUUUAAAAUAAACCUUUGGGAUUAUUUGAUUGGAGAUUCCUUAUCUUCCCCCUCCCCCCCCCUUCUAUUUUAAUGUAGUUCGUUUUAAGAAUAGAGAGGUUAUAGGAGGGAUGGGAUGCUUAGACUUUUUUAAGUCUCUGUCUACUUCUCUCUAGACUAGGUUGAUAUCAACUCAUCAUAGAUAGCAUCAGAUGGUUGUUUAGUGGCUUAUGCCAAAAGAUUAAUAUAUUUUCCCUCCUUUAUUUCCAACAAUAUCCUCAACUCAUUCUUCCUCAUGAUAUUUGAACACUCCCAUACAAGUGCUCACAGGGAAAUGGAAUGUGAAGUUUAGGUUUAUGUUGCCACAGUGGUUGGUCAGAGGUUUCAUUAUUAGUAGAUUCUUUUAAAAAACACCUGCUGAAAUGUUGUGGAUGUUCUUGAAGCAUGAGCUAGUAGUUAAACAGAUUUUUUUCCCCCCUUAAUCUGAAUAGGAAAACCUUUACACUUUUGUCCAACUUAACAGAUUUUUUUUGACCUCCAAUUUCUAUUUUAACUGUACUUUUGAGGUUUAUACAGAAAGCUUUAAAAAUGAGCUUGUCUCCCGAAUUUUAAUUCUUACAACUGCUAAAAUACCUCUGUAAGCCUUAUCCUUUCAUAUGUUAUAUGAUAAAUGUAUAGAAUUCAUCCACCAACUGAAGUGUUGGUUGUCUGUAACUGAGACCAAAAUGUGGGUUGGUUUUUGUCAGAAAAUAAUUUCUACUGAAGGUUACUGCUUGUUACACGGACAACAGUUAACCUAUAACUGUGAAUGCUUUUAUGUCUUCAGUAUUUGCGUUACAUCCAUGAGGUGUGCAAGUCUUGUGAUUCACCGCCUAACUCUUAUGCCGCCUAACAGGACUUCAGCAGGUUGGUUUUAGGUUUUAACGGAAUUGAUGUAAAAUGGUAUUCCCACAAAUAAAAAGAAUUUGUGUUUGGUUUCAGAA